AUAAAUUUGAAUAAAUUAAAAGAGGUAUAGCCUUUUUUAAUGUUUUAUUAGGACCAUCUACGCGAGUGUAAUUACAAAAAGGAAAUCAUGACACAAAUAUAUAUUCAGUAUUUCAUCUUCCGGCUAGCGCGCGAAAUACAUUAUACAUGCUUGGUACUACAUUUUCAAUUGGCUCCAAGGAUUUUACUUUAACUGGGAUCAGAUAAACUGUGGGAAAUGAAAACAAACGUGACGUGUUUGUUGAGCUAGAGGUCAUGGUUACUUGUGUACUUCAUUCAUAAUAAUGAAAAAUGCCAUUCAUUUCGCAAUUACAAAAUUACACCUUCGAUUCACUUAAGAAAAUAUAACACAAGGUAUGACAAGGUAUCAUCAUAGCAUUUUGCAAAUUUCAUUAAUGUGGUUCUCGCCAUGACACAGUAAAUCUGAAACAAAAAUUGAAUGACGAACAAAACGCGGUUCUAAAUUUAUAAUGAAAUGUGGAAAUUCGAAAUGUGGAAAUUAAAAAAAAAAAACGUUGUAUUUGUUGAACUCAUUUUGUAUGUGCAUCCAAGUUUCAAAUUCGUUCAUUUUUACUACGUUUAUAACUCAGGAACGGCAACACUGAUUUUGACAAUUCGCAAAAAUUUGGCAGAAAAUGAUAGAACAUACAAAUAAAACAUCGAUGUUAUCACACAAAGUAAUCAUUCACCGAAUUUGUUUUAUAAGUAAAUAGAAUGGAUGACGCUGUGUGCCCUACUGAAACAGACAAUGUCCAAAAUAAACAAAAAGCAACUACUCCGAAAAGAACGCAGCGUAGAGGUGGAAAACAGCAACUUGAUCGUCCAGAAAGAGCUCUAUUCUGUUUAACUCUUAAAAAUCCAUUGCGAAUAUUUUGCAUAAAAAUUGUAGACUCAAAAUUGUUUGAAUAUUUUAUUUUGUUAACAAUAUUUGCCAAUUGCGUUGCCCUUGCUGUAUACACUCCAUACCCUUCUGGAGAUUCGAAUAUUACUAAUCAAAUGCUGGAAAAAAUUGAGUACAUAUUUUUGGUAAUAUUUACUUCCGAAUGUGUUAUGAAAAUUAUUGCGUAUGGAUUUGUCCUUCACACUGGAUCAUACUUAAGAAAUGGGUGGAACUUUUUAGACUUCUUUAUUGUUGUGAUUGGAAUGAUAUCUACUGCUUUAUCAAAUCUCGUAAAGGAAGGUUUUGACGUUAAAGCUCUAAGAGCAUUUAGAGUUCUCCGACCAUUAAGAUUAGUAUCAGGAGUUCCAAGUUUGCAGGUUGUCUUGAAUUCAAUUCUAAAGGCCAUGAUACCUUUACUUCAUAUUGCGCUAUUGGUGCUUUUUGUUAUUAUAAUUUACGCUAUAAUUGGACUUGAAUUAUUUUCUGGAAAACUUCACAAGACAUGCAGACAUUCAAAUACUGGAGAGUAUCUAAAUGAUUUGGAUGAAUUACACGCGUGUGGAGUUGGUUUUAAAUGCCCAUCAGGAUAUGAAUGUUUCGACGAUUGGGUUGGACCUAACGAUGGCAUUACUAAUUUUGAUAAUUUUGGAUUAUCAAUGUUGACAGUAUUCCAAUGCAUAACAUUAGAGGGAUGGACUGACGUUUUGUAUAGUAUACAAGAUGCGAUGGGAUCAAGCUGGGAAUGGAUGUAUUUUGUUUCAAUGGUUAUUUUAGGAGCAUUCUUUGUAAUGAAUUUAAUUCUUGGCGUUUUAUCUGGAGAAUUUUCAAAAGAACGCACGAAAGCUAAAAAUCGCGGCGAUUUUCAAAAACUUCGAGAAAAGCAGCAAAUAGAAGAAGACUUGCGAGGCUAUUUGGAUUGGAUUACACAGGCGGAAGAUAUUGAACCAGACCCAGAUGCUCAGAUAAUAGAAGAUUGUCACAAAAAUAAAGUAAAAGAAGUAGUUUCCAUUGAUAAUUUUAAAGACCAUGAAAAUGAGACUCAGCAGACAGAUUCAUGGUUUCGAUCAAAAAAAAAGAACUUAGAGCGCACUAAUCGUCGCAUUCGUCGAGCUUGCAGAAAAGCUGUCAAAUCGCAGGCAUUCUACUGGUUGAUAAUCUUAUUAGUUUUUUUAAACACUGGAGUACUUGCGACCGAACACUACAGGCAGCCUAUAUGGUUGGAUCAAUUUCAAGAAUAUACUAAUAUAUUUUUCAUCGCAUUGUUUACUUGUGAAAUGAUAUUGAAAAUGUACAGUCUGGGGUUUCAGGGAUACUUUGUGUCUCUGUUCAAUCGAUUCGACUGUUUUGUGGUUAUAGGAAGUAUUUCUGAAAUGGUAUUAACCAGUAGUGAGUUGAUGGCACCUCUGGGAGUAUCAGUUUUGCGAUGUGUCCGCCUACUCCGAGUAUUUAAAGUAACAAAGUAUUGGCAUUCUCUCUCUAAUUUAGUUGCUUCGCUUCUUAACUCAAUUCAAUCGAUCGCCUCCCUGCUACUCUUGCUAUUCCUUUUCAUCGUCAUAUUUGGACUGCUCGGAAUGCAAGUUUUUGGUGGAAGGUUUACAUUCAAGCCCGAAGAAGAAAAGCCACGAUCCAACUUCGAUAGUUUUUACCAGAGCCUUUUAACGGUUUUUCAGAUUUUAACAGGUGAAGAUUGGAAUGUAGUUAUGUAUGAUGGAAUUCGUGCAUAUGGCGGUGUAUUUUCAUUUGGGAUUGUUGCCUGCAUAUAUUAUAUAAUACUAUUCAUAUGUGGUAAUUACAUCUUGCUCAAUGUUUUCUUGGCCAUCGCUGUUGAUAACUUAGCAGACGCUGAUUCGUUGUCAACAAUUGAAAAAGAGGAUGAAAGUCAAAUUCAGUUGGAUAAUCAAAUUAAAAAUGAAAUGGAAAAUGAAGAAUAUCUUCAGAAUGGAGAUCACAUUUCAUUUAAGGCAGAAUUUGGCGCAGAUUUGGAUACUUAUCUACAAGAUGAGGAGUGUGGUUCAUAUUGUGAUGAAAACGAUGAUAUUUCUUCCUACACCCAAAAAACGUUACCUGAGGCCAAUGCUAGUACGAGUAUACAACCCAUACCAGCUGGUUCAUCUUUCUUUCUAUUUUCACAUACAAAUAGAUUUCGUAUAUUUUGUCAUCGUUUGUGUAAUCACAGUAAUUUUGGCAAUUUCAUAUUAUGCUGCAUUAUGUUUUCAUCUGCUAUGUUAGCAGCAGAAAACCCAUUGAAAGCAGAUGCGAGUAGGAAUAUUGUGCUGAACAAAUUUGAUUACUUCUUUACGGCUGUCUUCACAAUAGAACUGGUGUUAAAAUUGAUUUCAUAUGGAUUUGUUCUCCACGACGGAGCCUUUUGUAGAUCUGCUUUUAAUUUACUGGACCUACUGGUCGUUUGCGUUUCACUGAUAUCAAUUUUCUUCAAUUCGAAUGCGAUUUCAGUCGUGAAAAUUCUAAGAGUCCUACGUGUAUUAAGACCUCUAAGAGCGAUAAAUAGGGCUAAAGGUUUAAAGCACGUUGUUCAGUGUGUUAUUGUUGCCGUUAAAACCAUAGGAAAUAUUGUCCUUGUAACUUGCCUUUUGCAGUUUAUGUUUGCGGUAAUUGGUGUUCAACUUUUUAAGGGGAAGUUUUUCAGCUGCUCAGAUGGUUCCAAAGUUUAUGAAUCAGAUUGUCAUGGCACGUAUUUGUUUUAUGAAAAUGGUGAUAUCAGUAAACCCCGUCUAAAAGAAAGAGAGUGGAAGAACAAUAAGUUUCACUUUGACGAUGUCGCAAAAGCAAUGUUAACGUUAUUUACAGUUUCCACCUUUGAAGGAUGGCCAACGUUAUUGUAUGUCUCAAUAGACUCAAAUAAAGAAAACGGAGGUCCCAUAUACAAUUUUCGCCCAAUUGUUGCAGCAUAUUACAUCAUUUAUAUUAUAAUAAUAGCUUUUUUUAUGGUGAACAUUUUUGUUGGCUUUGUUAUUGUGACAUUCCAAAAUGAAGGCGAACAAGAAUAUAAAAACUGCGAACUAGAUAAAAACCAGAGAAACUGCAUAGAAUUUGCUUUAAAAGCGAAACCAGUACGUCGCUAUAUUCCAAAACAUAGCAUACAAUAUAAAGUAUGGUGGUUUGUGACUUCUUCGUCAUUUGAGUAUUCAAUAUUUGUUUUAAUUAUGAUAAACACAGUAACACUUGCAAUGAAGUUUUACAAGCAACCAGAAUACUAUUCAGAAAUACUUGACGCAUUAAAUAUGAUUUUUACUGCUGUAUUUUCACUUGAGUUUAUUUUUAAACUUGCAGCGUUCCGUUUUAAAAACUAUUUUGGUGAUGCUUGGAACACUUUCGAUUUUAUCAUUGUAUUGGGAAGUUUUAUUGACAUAGUUUAUAGCGAAAUUAAAACAAAAGAACAGGCGCUAGCAACAUGCGAUGGACAGUCAUGCAACAAAGCAAAGGGAGGAUCCACCUUAAUUUCCAUUAAUUUCUUUCGACUUUUUCGAGUUAUGCGUUUGGUUAAAUUGUUGAGUAAAGGCGAAGGCAUCCGUACGUUACUAUGGACAUUUAUAAAAUCAUUUCAAGCGCUUCCAUAUGUAGCACUUUUAAUAGUAAUGCUAUUUUUUAUCUACGCUGUUAUUGGAAUGCAGGUUUUCGGAAAGAUUAUGUUAGAAGAAGGGACAUCGAUUGACCGUAACAAUAAUUUUCAAACAUUUCCUCAAGCAGUUCUGGUUCUAUUUCGCUCUGCUACAGGAGAGGCUUGGCAAGAGAUCAUGAUGGCUUGUUCUCCGCGAGAUGAUGUCAAAUGCGAUCCCGAAUCAGAUGCUGUAAAUAACUGCGGAUCAAGUAUAGCUUUUCCGUACUUUAUAUCAUUUUAUGUCUUAUGCAGUUUCCUUAUUAUUAAUUUGUUUGUCGCCGUCAUAAUGGAUAACUUUGAUUAUCUCACCCGUGAUUGGUCAAUCUUAGGACCACAUCAUUUAGAUGAAUUUAUUAGAUUAUGGAGUGAGUAUGAUCCAGAUGCAAAGGGUCGUAUUAAACAUUUGGAUGUUGUGACUUUGUUGCGUAAAAUAUCUCCUCCAUUGGGUUUUGGUAAACUAUGCCCACACCGCAUGGCAUGCAAACGACUAGUGUCAAUGAAUAUGCCACUCAAUUCAGAUGGAACGGUACUAUUUAACGCAACCCUUUUUGCAGUUGUUCGAACUUCCCUUAGUAUUAAAACAGAUGGUAAUAUUGACGAAGCCAAUGCCGAACUGCGUGCAACAAUAAAGCAAAUCUGGAAAAGAACAAAUCCUAGAUUGUUGGAUCAAGUUGUUCCUCCACCUGGCAAUGAUGAUGAGGUUACAGUCGGUAAAUUUUAUGCUACGUAUCUUAUUCAAGACUAUUUUCGGAGAUUUAAGAAACGAAAAGAACAAGAAGGCAAGUGUGAUCAAACUGAAAAUGCUGUGACUCUACAAGCUGGUCUUAGAACGCUACAACAGAACUCUCCAGCACUAAAAAGAACCAUUUCAGGUUAUCUUGAUGAACUGGCAUCAGAAGCAGAUCCAAUGCACAGGCGGCCUCAUUCUUUAUUUGGAAAAGUUAUGUCAUCUCUACUACGCCACGAAGAAAUAACUUCCUCUCAAAUCAAACAUUUAAGCAGAACAAAACCUAUUCCAUAUGAGGUUGAAUUUCUACAGUAUAAAGUACAAUUGGAACGAAACAAAGAUUGUCCUGCGAGCGCUUCCGACGAAUUUUCAAUAGAAAAAAAGAUCAAAAAAGAGAACAAGUAUAAUGGCCAAUACUUCAAUAGUGAAGCAAAUUUUAUGGAUAAUAUUAAGUACACCCCAAAAUCCAAGAGAAUUUGGCAUUUUCAUUUGGUCCAUUCGUACCGGAUUUUUGGAUAGCUGUUGUGUGCGAUUUUCAACAAUAAAGAUAUUUCAUUUGUUUACUUCAUAACUACCAAUAAACAAGUUGCAGUUACUGCAAGCGAGCCGGUAAUGUUAAUGCCAAGAUUAACUGUGCUGGUCACCCUAUUUACGACUUCCAAUUUCCGAAAGAUUGUCCAGCAUCACAACAAACCUAACCAUCCAAGCAAUUUCAGAAAAUACAAGAGAAUUUCAGAAAAUACAAGAAUUAUUAGACAGAGAGAAAUUAGACAAGAAAAGACUAAUGAUUGAGAGCCUUAGAAUAAAACAACAUAUUGACAACACGAUGAACCUAAAAGAGGAUACUGAAAACAUAAGUCCGUGCUAUGGAGUUGCAAUAAAGCAAAAAACUGUCAUAUUUAUUUUUAAGAAGUGUAGUUUAUUAUAUUAUGUAAAAUCGUCUUAAAAAAUUAAACUGUAAAUUUAUCAUAUUUUGUGACUUAAUAUGAA